CAACAACAUUCGUCUGUUUUGCAUCAACAGAGGUCGAUUUGUUGUUAAUCAAUAAAAAAAUAUUUUUAUUUGAGAAAAUAAUAGUUGUCAAGAGGUGUCAUGGGUCGCAGGAAGAGCAAGAGAAAGCCACCGGCAAAGAGGAAGGCCAUUGAACCCCUGGACACGCAAUUUAAUUGUCCAUUUUGCAAUCACGAAAAGUCUUGCGAGGUUAAGAUGGAUAAAGGAAAAACUACUGCGAGAAUAACUUGCAGAGUUUGCCUCGAGGAUUUUCAAACAACUAUUACUCUCCUAUCAGAACCUAUCGAUGUCUAUAAUGAUUGGAUUGAUGCCUGCGAGACUGCGAAUUAACUGAUAACUCCCUGAGAAUGAUUUUCAGUAAAAAGUUCAGAUAAAAAUUCUUGAUUUUCGGGUAUACUCAGACGAUUUUGCUAAAGAGCCUUUCAAGCGCAAUUCGAUACAAGUUCAUUUAUUUUGUGAAUGAGCAAUUUCAGCGGGAAAUGUCGAAAAUAUUUUUUUUGGGGAAUUCAAUUCUAUACAAAAAAUUUCAUAUGAUUUUUUAUCGUAGAACAACUUGUCAUCGAGAUAAUUGAGUUAAUUUAAAAAAAUCGACUCGUAAUGUUCUGUCUCUUACAUUUUUAUACAUCAAUAUCGAUUUGAUUUUUUUUUCGAUAGUUAAACCUCAUACGUUAGAUUGUAAAACGUAAAAUAGGGAGAUCUGAUUGUUCGGGAGGGAACAAUUUUGCUUUACGUAAGACUUUGUUAGUUUUCCCCUCGAAUGGGAAUUUUGUUUUUGUUUAAAAAUUAGUUUAUUUUCAUUGAUUUGAAAUACUGGGAAUGAUGCCAAAAAUUAGAUUAGAUUUCAUUAAGUUGAAUAUAGAUUAACGGAGGAAAUCUUGGGGAUUUAGUGGUGUAGAGAACUGGUGGAACGUAACUGAAUAUUCGGGGAAUGUAAUAUUCUCCGGAAUUCUCCGGGUACG